AUGAGUUACUUCCUGUCUUACUGCAAAGCUCAUGGCGGCGCGCUGCUCACCGGCUACCAGGCCCUGCGCGCCGAGGGCUUCCUGUGCGACGUGACUCUGGAGGCCGAGGGCAGCGAGUUCCCGGCGCACAGGUCGCUCCUCGCGUGUUCCAGCGACUACUUCAGGGCCCUGUUCAAGAGCCACACCCGGGAAUCCCAGGCGCCCGUGAUCCACCUGCAUGUGCCGUCGGCAGCCGGCCUGCAGCGCCUGCUGGACUUCAUCUACACCGCCUGGCUGCCGCUCUCCAUGGACACCGUGGAGGACACGCUGGAGGCCGCCAGCUACCUGCAGGUCACCGAGGCCCUGGGGCUGUGCGGCCGCUACCUGGAGCGCCAGCUAGCCCCUGAGAACUGCUGCUUCGCCGCCAACAUGGCGGCGCGCUUCGGCCUGGUACACACGCUGGGCGCGGCCGAGCGCUGCAUUGUGAGCCACCUGCGGGAGCUGCUGGCGCGGGGCGCGGGCCCCGCCGGGCUCCUGGAGCUCAACCCCGCGUCGCUGAGGGCCGUGCUGGGUGCCCCUGACGUGGCGCGCGUGCCCGAGGCCCGGCUGCUGGGCCUGGCCCUGGCCUGGCUGCGGCAGGAGCCCGAGGCCGAACGGCUGGCCCACUGCGCCGCGCUGCUCGAGCGCGUCCGCUUCGGCCUGGUGCCCACCGACGUGCUGCGGCGCGUGUACUCGGGCUCCGGCCUCACCCUGCCCUCCCGGGUCAAAGGCCUCAUCAUCCAGGCCCUCAACUACCACACGUCGCCCUCCCGUCAGCCGCUCAUGCAGGGCGAGCAGACCAGCGUCCGGAGCCCCCAAACCCGCAUCUUGUUGGUCGGGGGGUGCAGGGGGCGGGAGGUGGUGACUGAGGAGGUCGGCGCCCCCCGGCGGGCAGCCAGGGGGAGGGGCGCCGCGGCGGAGCCCGAGGAAGAGGAGGAGGAAGAGGAGCAGGUGGAGGAGGAGGAGGAGUGGGAGCUUACCCGGGACGUGGUGGCCUUUGACGGGUACAACCACCGCUGGCGCAGCCUCACGCGGCUGCCCGCUCCGCUACUGGGGCACAGCGUGUGCGCCGCGGGCAACUUCCUGUUCGUCCUCGGCGGGGAGAUCCCGUCAGGCGGUGGCUCCUCCCCCACAGCCGACGGCCUGCGGGCGGUCACGGCCCAAGUGCACCGUUAUGACCCGCGCUUCCACGCUUGGAUGACUGUGCCCGCUAUGCGGGAAGCGCGGGCCCAUUUCUGGUGCGGCGCCGUGGGCGAGGGGCUCCUGGCCGUCGGGGGCCUGGGCGCAGGCGGCGAAGCGCUGGCCUCAGUGGAGAUGUACGACCUGCGCCGGGACCGCUGGACAGCGGCCGGGGCGCUGCCGCGGGCCCUGCACGGCCACGCGGGGGCCGUCGGGAACUGCGGCGUCGUGUACAUCUCCGGGGGCAAGGCGGGGAGAGGCGAGGGCGGCGCGAGCAGCCUCCGGGACGUGUUCUCCCUGGGCCCCGGGGAGCAGGCGUGGAGCAAGAGGGCGCCCAUGGGCACGGCCCGCUUCGGGCACCACAUGGCCGCACUGCGCAGCGCGCUGUUCGCCUUUCUGGGGCGCUACGAGCCCUUCUCCGAAAUCGAGCGCUACGACCCCGGCACCGACCAGUGGACUCGGCUGCGGCCGCUACCCUACGACCGCUUCUGCUAUGGGCUGGCCGUGGUGGAGGAGACGGUGCUGCUGCUGGGCGGCCUGAAGUGGCGGGACUCACGCCAGGUGCCUACCCGCAACGUGGUGGGUUAUGACCUCGACCUGGACCGCUGGGAGGACACUGGCUGCGCGCUGCCUUGGGCCUGGAGCGGCCUGCAGUGCGCAGUGCUGCAGCUGGCCGAGGGUGGGGAUGAGGAGAGGGAGGGAGAGCCCGGAGAGGCGCCAGAUUUAGUGCUGGGCUUAAUGGGUCAGUGA